AUGGCAGAGGUGUCUGGGAGGCUGCUGGGGCUGCGUGAGGGGCUUUCUCGCCUACACCUGCGAAGCGACUGGGCUGCUGCCAUCCGAGUCGCUGCCCUGGACUGUGCAGACGAAAAGAACCAGGAAGUGUGCCGCACCUACGACAUCCACUUCUACCCCACCUUCAGGUAUUUUAAAGCAUUUACAAAGGAGUUUACAACCGGAGAAAAUUUUAAAGGACCCGACCGAGAGCUGCAAACAGUCAGACAGACGAUGAUCGACUUCCUGCAGAACCACACGGAAGGAAACCGGCCUCCGGCUUGCCCGCCGCUGGACCCUAUUCCGCCCGGUGACGUUCUUUCUCUCGUUGACAACCAUGGUGGCCAGUACGUGGCUGUGGUAUUGGAAAGCGAUGGCUCCUACCUGGGACGAGAGGUUAUCUUGGACUUGAUUCCGUAUGGAAACAUCGUGGUGACCCGAGCACUGGAUGCGGAUAAAGCGCUUCUGGAGAAACUUGGUGUUUCUUCGGUUCCCUCCUGCUACUUGAUUCACCCAAAUGGGUCACAUGGACUAGUUAACGUGGCGAAGCCUCUCCGGUCCUUCUUUUCCUCUUACUUGAAGUCACUGCCGGGUGUGAGGAAAAAAUUGCUUCGCUUGCCUGAAAAGCCAAAUAAAGAGGAAAACUCGGAAGUUGUGUUUUGGAGAGAAUUUGACAAGUCAAAGCUGUACAUGGCGGACCUGGAGUCGGGAUUGCACUAUCUGCUGCGGGUGGAGCUGGCGACCCACAGGUCCCUGGCCGGAGCAGAGCUGAAGACCCUCAGGGACUUUGUGACUCUUGUUGCCAAGUUGUUCCCCGGCCGGCCGCCCGUCAGGAAGCUGCUGGAGAUGCUUCAGGAGUGGCUGGCCAGCCUUCCCCUGGACAGGAUCCCCUACGACGCCGUCCUCGACCUGGUCAACAACAAGAUGCGGAUUUCUGGAAUAUUCCUUACUAGUCACAUCAAGUGGGUUGGGUGUCAGGGAAGCCACCCUGAGUUGAGGGGCUACCCAUGCUCUCUCUGGAAGUUGUUCCACACUCUGACUGUUGAAGCCUCGGCCCGUCCAGAUGCACUGGUUGGCACAGGUUUUGAAGACGACCCCCAAGCCGUGCUGCAGACCAUGAGGAGGUACAUUCACACCUUCUUUGGGUGUAAAGAAUGUGGUGAGCACUUUGAAGACAUGGCUAAAGAAUCCAUGGAUUCGGUGAAAACCCCAGACCAAGCAAUUCUCUGGCUUUGGAAGAAGCAUAACACAGUAAACAGCCGCCUGGCAGGCCAUCUGAGUGAGGAUCCCAAAUUUCCAAAGGUUCCGUGGCCCACUCCAGACCUCUGCCCGGCCUGCCACGAGGAAAUCAAGGGCCUGGACAGCUGGAACGAGGGCCAUGUGCUCACCUUCUUGAAGCAGCACUACGGCCGCAGCAACCUCCUAGACACAUAUUCUGCGGGCCCGGGAGAUUCUGGGGAAGGAGGGGCUCUGGCCAGGGGGGAUGAGGAGGGGAAGGGGCUCACUCCCCUGGGGAACGCCCCUGGAGACCAGGACACCCAGAGUCUUCGUCCUCCCAGCGGGCCAGGCCCCAGACCCCACGUUGCAGAGAGCUUGCUUCACAGACUAGACAUAAAACUCCGGAGUCCGCACGGGUCUGGGGCCCACAAGGAGGCCGAGGCGGCUGUGCCUUUCCUCGGGGUCGGCUUCUCCAGCCUGGACAUGAGCCUCUGUGUCGUGCUCUAUGUGGCCUCAUCCUUGUUCCUGAUGGUGAUGUGCUUCUUCUUCCGAGUGAGGUCCAAGCGAUGGAAGGUCAAGCUCCAACCGCCCGUGUAGCACGCCUCGUGGUGCGGCGGGACAGGACAGCGGCCCCCACGUGCCGCCACAGCGCUAAUGGUUAUGAUCAGGGAUUCUGUAAACAUGUCGGGCCUGGUUUCACAUCGCGUUUCCCAAGUCCUCGUUGUCCAAACACCCUUUCCACGAGGGAAGACACUGGGUGUUUUGUCGUGGCAAUAUUUGCAUUCCUGGCAUAUGCAGUCUGCUCCCUUUACAGAUCCUACAGCAAAAAGAUUUCUGUAGUUUUACUCUUUUAGAUCUAAAAAAAGAGGGUGGGGAGUUGAGGCCGAAAGAGCACAGUGCUCCCCACACGCGUUCAUCUCACAAGACUGCGUGUCUCAUUCCGCAAGGCCUUGUGUUUGUAUUUGGAGAAAAACCCACCCCCACCCCCACCCCGGGAGGCUGCCGAGCAUUUUAAUUUGGCCACGUGGUGAUGCAGAGUGAGCCGGAAGCACAGUUGGCGUUUCCAGAUGCCUUGCUGUCCCCAGCUGCCCAGGAAGUGGGCUGGACUCUCGGCAGUCUGUCUGUUGCUUUGUGGCUGUCUGGUUGUCCUGCUGAAGCAAGAGAGCUCAGACCCAGAGAAGGAAGGGUUUCCUUGUUGUCUGCACGCUCUGCAGUGGUUCUCACUUCACACGUGGAGAUCUGAACGUGCAGGGCCAGGAAGAGCCAGCAAGCUUCUGGCAGAGUUGCUGCCUUCCAAGAAAAUCCCCAGAGGCCACAUGGAGGAGCCAUGGGGUGAAGGUGCAGGACGGCCCAUUCUGUCCUCAGAGGCAGUGCCUUUGUUUGUUUGUUUGUUUGUUAAUCUGUUGACAAAAGAGAUUUAAGUAGAUGAGGGCCAUCCAAUCCGCCUGUCCAGGUGGGCAGCUCUGGGCCAAGGUGUGAUGCUGGGAGCACAUGCCCCCUGGUGCGAGGGGAGGGGAGGGUUGGCCUGCCCUUGAGGGGUGCAGUCCCCAGGGAGACCUGGGUGAGCCCUGUGUCGUCUGUGUUCUCCAUCACCUAGCAGCAGAUGAGGCACCCACAGGUCCUGCUGUUGAGCUUGGCAGAGGUUAAGGGUGGGAGGUCACAGCAUCCCUCAGAGUGUUUUGUGGUGGCCAGUACCAUGAGCUGUUUUGAGAAGGGUCCCCACAUGGGCACUGGGCUCCCAGACUUUGGUAAUUAUUUAUUUUUUUACCAUUUAGUAAUUUAAAUCCAUUGUAAAUCCCAGAACACUUUUGAUAAAUUUGCCUCUGAAGACUGAACAAAACAAACGUGCUACUUCUGGGACGUUUGUAUUAAGACCCUUUGUGGCUCCUGGCUUGCCUCAUGAGCUGCUUUUUACUUGGACAGACAGGUUCAGGUGUAUUUGCCCAUCUGCGUGUGUGUGUCUGUGUCUGUGUCUGUCUGUCUGUGAUAGUUGUAAAUACUUUUUCCACUUUGUCUAUUUUAUAUUUUAUACUCAUGUGUUUCCUAGUUACAGUUGAUCACGUGGGUGUAUUUAUAAGACCACUGUAAUACUGAUGUUACUGUUGCAGCUUGAGAAGAAGUCGACAGCUGAUCCCUUGAACAGCUGUCAUGAGCGUGGCUGUCCGCAUUGGGUGGAAGGAUCGGGUUGGGGAAGGUUGAGGACAGUUGCCGGCUGGGGAGAGGAAGUGGCCGGACGCCUUGGGCUGCUGCUUCUCUCUUCUGCCGCGAGAGGUUUCUCCUUUGACGCUUCUUAGUCACUAGAAGCCUCUGUGUUUUACCAAACUUGAGCUUGUCUUCGUAGCUGGUUGUAUGCGUGGGUUAUGAUAGACACUGUAUUCUUUCUCUUUCGGCUUGAAAACCAGCAGGUUUACACAUUGGGUUCAAAGGAGGUACUUCGAACCCUUAAUUAAACUGCCUUUGGUUCCUGUCGGAUGCCUUUUUUCCCCUAAAGCAAGUUUCUUUACCUGGUGUGAACUGCGAUGCCCUUGGAGCACACCACUGUGUGUUUUAACCUUUACAAAAGCCAUCUGGGGCAGUGCUAGCUUUCAGGUUUAGUUGUCAUAUUGCAGUUUGAGGUCACCACUAUCUGGGGGACAGGAGUGUGACUUCCUGAGGGCAGGAGCAGAGCAUCAGCAGCCACAUUUGGAGCCGGCAUGGAGGAGGGGAUGUGCCAAGGUGGCGACAGGGAUUGUCUGAGUGCCAGUGAGACCACAGUCUGGCCCGUCACUGGGCCUGCUCAGAACUGCACACCACCGUUAGGCAAGGUUUACGACCUAUUUUAUGAAGUUGUAAGUAUUAUAAGAGGUAUUGAGACUAACGAAUAUGAUAGUUCAGUAAUUUAAAUGUUUAUUUAUUUUUAAUGGAAGCAUUUUGAUUAAAAAGAAUCUAAUUGACAUGGAAAUGCUGAUGAAAUUUCUUACCUGCAAGGAAAAUGAACAUUUUGUAUUUAAGUAAACUACAAUGUGCACAUUUUAAAAGAAUAAAGAAAUCUGACAUUUGAAAAAA